GCGGAAGCGGCUGAGUAAGCGGAGUGGCUAGCCAAACAUACAGCAUCAUUGAUAUUGACAACCGGCGUCGAACUCCCUCACAACUCACUGUUUCGCUUGUGCUCGACAUUACAAGCAGUUUGGAGGCGCAAAGACCGUUUAUUGCAAUGGCGCAGUCUUACUUUUCCGCCCCAGCUCGGUCAUCUUCAUCGCUGGCGAAGGAGCCUUUGCUCUCAAAUUAUGGCGGUGAGAAGCAUUUAAAGGUGGAGGAUGUCCAAGAAGCCUACAUUGAACAAAAGGAUCGUUUGAUCCAGGCCCUUGAUUCUUCCAAGUCUAUUCUUGGGGAACUACGUCGGUUCAACAAGGAGGAGUGGGUCCAACCCUCCGCAGAACCUUCAUCACUAUCAAGGACAAAGCCCCGUCGCUCUCUUCGCCGUUCGCUUACGUUUGCAGAUGAUCCAAACAACCAAACGGAAGUUCUUUAUACUCCUGUGCGAGAAGGCCUGACCCGGGCUGUUACACUGGCAUCAAUUUCUGACGCCUUGGAAGGCACUGAUGUCAAUCCUGCGGAUGAAGGAACGAAUGACGGCGAAAGGGAUACAUGCGAGGGGGAGAGGUUGAUGAUGUCGUCCAAGGAUGGAGAUUUUAAUAUCCUUCGUUUGGACCUUAAGCUCGGUCCCCACGGCUCCACCACAUCCCCUGCCGCUCUCGUAUCACACCUCGAAAAGGGUUCCAUUGCCAGUUUAUUGGACGAACGUAUCGGUGCUUCCGUCAAUCAUAUGGAUAAGCUCCGCCUUCGUGUGGAGGAUACUUCAUCAAAGGUUCUUGUCACCGGCGACCUUAAUUCUGGAAAGCGUGAGCCUUGCACAACCGCCUUUUGCGAAGUGCACGAUGCUGCCGAGAAUAAUGGCAAGGAGGAAGUUCAUAUCAUCAAGGAGGGUGCGGCGUAUAACAUCUCUGACGAGUCAACCUUCACUCGCGCUUCACUUGCCGACUUGGAGAUGAUUGUCUCAGACAAUGAGGGUGUUCAGCCAGUCUUGAAAAUGUACCUUUCCGACAGCCGAGCACCAUCGGAAUCAUUGCUCAAUAAUGGGGUCGUUGACAUAUCCCUGAUUGAUGCACCCGGUCUUAACCGCGAUAGUUUGAAGACAACGGCUCUCUUCACUCGCCAGGAGGAGAUUGACGUCGUUGUCUUUGUCGUUUCCGCCGAAAAUCACUUCACCCUGUCCUCCAAGGAAUUCCUAUGGAACGCUAGCAAUGAGAAGGCAUACCUUUUCAUUGUCGUGAACAAGUUCGAGCAGAUCAAGAAUAAGGAGAAAUGCAAGAGGUUGGUGCUGGAGCAAAUCAAGCAGCUGAGCCCUAGGACAUAUGAGGACGCCGAAGACCUUGUCCACUUCGUUGAUUCUGCCGCUGCUCUUCGACCAUACACAGCCAAUCCAGCAUUCGACGACUUGGAAUCCUCGCUUCGUUCGUUCGUUCUCGUUAAACGAUCAAAGUCAAAGCUGCAGCCUGUCAUGACCUACCUCUCCAACCUCCUAUCCGAUGUUGAUCUAUUGGUUGGCGCAAAUGCCAUCGUCGCCCAAUCCGAUCUUGACCGCGCUAAAGAUGAUUUAACGCGUGUCAAGCCAGUUCUUGAGAAGAUGAAGGGCAGCCAGGAACUAUUGGAAGAAAAUCUAGAGUCUGUAGAGGAAUUGGGGGCAGAGAAGACAGGUGCCAGAACAAAGGCCAUCCUUUCCUCUGCCAUCGAGCGCGUCGGGCAAGGCCUGUCUGGGGUUGACCAUACUACCAUUUCCCUGCCAGCCUUCCCCGGAUUCCUUCGCAUUUGGGAUUAUGCCAGGGAUGUAAAGAAGGCUCUGUUAGCGAGCUUGGAUGCGGCUGUGAAGUUGGCUGAGGAUGAAGCGCGUAUCACUACUUCUGCAGGGGUGAAGAAGAUUGGUGAGCUUGGCGACGUCAAUCUUCCUGAAGGAGUCGAGAAGUCGCGGAGGGUAUUCAUGCCCGAAGCCAUGUUCUCAUUGCGCUCAGGCAAGAAGGGACUCCGCCGACGUUCCUCUGUAACAGCCACCGCCGUCGUGGCUGGAGGGGUACACAAUCUCGGCAUUGGCCUCUCCCAGCGCCCGGACAUGCUCGAUACGUCUGCCCUCGACAUCUUUGACUUCCACCGGCUCUGGCCUCACUUUACUGAUGACAAGAAGGAAGCAGAUGAUGAGGCUAGCCCUACCACUGCGCUUAGCGUCGUCUCCGUUGGCGUCAGUGCGCUCACAAUGGUUGGCGGUCAGACGUUCGGUGCCCGAGGCAUUGUCGAUGGUAUCGUACGCAUUUCUGAGCUGUUCGGAAACGAGACUGCAAGGAAAUGGGCGGCCCCUGUUCUGGGCGCUUUCGUUAUCGGUGCAACUGCCUACUUUGUCCUUGAGCUACCCAACACCAUUCCACGCACCAUCGGUCGCCGCAUCCGCACAUCCCUGGUUGCCGUUGACGAGAACGCAACCGAGGAUCAACUCUUCGUUAAUGCCCAUGCUGGCCGUGUCAGUAGGGAGACACGCAAGGUUUUGCGCCUGGCGUCUUGGGACCUCAAGGAGCACUUUAGAGCCGCAAUGGAGGAAAGAGGCCAAGAAAGGAAGGCCAAGAGAGCACUCGAGUACUUCGUGGAGGUGGAGACAAAGACGGGUUUGAUCAGAAAUGAUGCUGGCUUGACCAAUGUCUUGUAAGAUUAUCACGCUUGUUUAUUUUCUUGCACCCUUACCACCUUGCUGUCUUCGUUCGUCCUUCUGCGCACCAUGAUGUCUUUGUCGUUGCCGCUCACUGUCGUUGAUUGAUCUUUUUUAUUGUUUUGUUUCGUCUUUUAUGCACAUGCCUUGAACGUAGAGUAGUAAUGAAAUCUCCGCACGCUAGGUGAUCGGAAUGUCACUAUGUUUCAGCACGGGCGAGAGUUCGUAGUACUACACUAAGUACAACUGCUUAGCUGGUGGUCAGGCCGACUUACGCAGCGAAUUUGCGCCAAUGACAGAGCUGCAUCUUCAAUAGAAUAAAACGGACUAUGUAGCCGAGUCGAUUAUAUGCGAAUGUACGAAACUUUAGUGUUGUACGUCGAUCGGCGUCAUAUGAUCGAGCACCCCCAAAUGCCAUCACGGUCGUCUAAAUCGAUCAAGCGCCGAUGGUUUGCGCGCCUCUAUCUGACCAUUCUCGAUGGCC